UGCCACAAACGCGAUAGUACUUACCAGACUUGCGCGUUAGCCCAGCUUUCCUGUCGCUGGAAGACUAUCACCAAAGCGCAAGUGCUGCGGUUAGGAUCAACAUUGGAACCCAGCAACAAUGGGCUGGUUUGAUGGGUGGUUCGGAAGCAGCUCCAGCAGCGACGAGUCAGAUCCCCUGGGGAAGCUCGAUCCCAAGCUCCGCGAGUUCCUUGCCCGGGAGUCCCCCGUCAAGUACACGACUCAGCAAGAACAGGAACAGCAACAGCAACAGUCACAAGCUAAACAGCAUCUCGCCAGCGCUCCAGCGGCGCCUGUACCGACAGCGAAAGUACCAGCGACCGAACAACCACAACAGGAACAACAACAACAACAACAACCAGCUGUACCACGCGCCUCCCUCUACCAAGAUGGCCGCUACGCGCACCUAUGGAAAACCUACCGGCCGCAGUACGAGAUUGAGGCCGAGACCAAGACGGACCACGAGAAGCUAAUGGACGUGCUGGAAGGGUUCAAGGAGCGCAAGGCGAUGAUCGGCAAAGCGGCGCUGGAGAACUGCGCCGAGGAACAGCUGGACUGGAACAACUGUAUGAAGCACGGCAGCUGGGCGGAUCGCGCGACCAUGUGCCGGGAUACGGUGAGGAAGUUUGAGAGGUGCUAUAAUAUGCAAUCGAAACUACUAAAAGCCCUAGGCUACCUCCAAACCUACGGCCGCUCGCCCGAAGUGGACGAGGACAUCCAAAUGCACGCCGACGCUUUGUACCAUCGGAUGCUCGACCAAGAAGCGGAGAUCGAGAAGUGCAAAGCUGAGGGCCGGCCAAUUCCUGCGUUCCCCUCGCUGUUCGAAAACAGCACCUACAAAGUCCCCGUCUACCCGACUAAAACAUCGGCUGCCCCUCAGUCCACAUCAGCAGCUGGUGCAGGUACAGAGCCAGGGAAGGACCCCUACGAACCAAGCCAGGCCAUCGUGGAAUCCUGGCAGGAGCAAUUGGCCAAACUUCCGGAGCCGGAGCGCGCUGCGGAAGAGGAGGCGCUCAGAGCUGAGCACAGGGCCAAGGCGAUUAUGGCGAAGAAUCUCCAGGAGUUGUGGAACGAGCAAUCCAAGGAGAGAGAGCAACGCAGAAUGGAGGGUAAGGAGACGAUUGGAGAUAAGAUCAAGCGGGUUCUUGGAACACCGAACUAUUGAAAUGAGUGUUUGACAAUCCCGUCAGGUUGAAGGGGGAUGUAUUACAAGCAACAGAUUCCGGACAUAACAGUACGACUUAGCCACCUAGAUGUGGAUAUAUUUCAGAUUCACAAAAUAACAUGGUCAAAUUCAUGAAGAGUGUUGCUGCGGAUACUUGGGCCAGCUAAGGCAUCGGUCAGUGUCAUAGUCCAACAGAAGGUACUUGGACAUUGACAUAAAGAUAUAUCAACACCAAGUUCGAAUCGUUGCACAACUGGCAUCCCGAGCAAGACGCUUUUGUCCAGUGGUGUCGAGAUGCUAUUGAAUUGAUGUACCCAAUUACCUGCC